GGUACUUUCCAAUCGCUGUUGGAUGAGGCGGAGGCUGCGGUGACGGAGGUUGUGAAUCAGCAUGAACGCAGACACCACCAGCAACAGUCGCAUCGGGCACAUAGACGAGCACAUCAUCGGGGUGGUCAUAGAGAAGAACGCAGGAAAAAGGAAACUGGUGUCCCUCGACAGGGAGGCAGCCUGAGCUCGGCGGAUGAUCUACAACCCGACCAACCUCAGGGUAAGGGCACCAGCUACGACAAUAUUGGAGGUAGAGAGAUAAGGAGGACUGAGCGUCGAAAACAUUUAGAAGAUAGGAGACAGGCCGAACUGCUACGGACAGGCAGGCGUCCGGUUGGAGGCCAUUCCAAUCCAGUUGAGGAGUCUUAUGAAGAUCCUGAUGAGACUGCGAG